AUGAAGAAGAGCAAACAGUCAAUGAAGAAGAAGAGCAAACAGUCAAAGAAGAAGAAGCAGGGGGAGCAAACAGUCAAAGAAGAAGAGUCAAAGAAGAAGAGCAGUCAAAGGAAGAGCAGGGGGAGCAAACAGUCAAAGAAGAAGAGCAGGGGGAGCAAACAGUCAAUGAGAAGAAGAGCAGGGGGAGCAAACAGUCAAAAGAAGAGCAGGGGGAGCAAACAGUCAAAAGAAGAAGAGCAGGGGAGCAAACAGUCAAAGAAGAAGAGCAGGGGGAGCAAACAGUCAAAGAAGAAGAAGAGCAGGGGGAGCAAACAGUCAAAGAAGAAGAGCAGGGGGAGCAAACAGUCAAAGAAGAAGAAGAGCAGGGGGAGCAAACAGUCAAAGAAGAAGAAGAGCAGGGGGAGCAAACAGUCAAAGAAGAAGAGCAGGGGGAGCAAACAGUCAAAGAAGAAGAAGCAGGGGGAGCAAACAGUCAAAGAAGAAGAGCAGGUGGAGCAGCCAAAGAAGAGAAGGGGGAGCAAACAGUCAAAGAAGAAGAAGGGGGAGAGAGCAUUCGAAGAAGAAGAGGAGAACAGGAAUGCGUCUGCUCCAGAUCUAGAGGAAGAGGAGGAAGUAGAUAGUAUCCCUGACCCAGGAGAGAGCUCCCAUCCAGUUCCAGACAGCGAUCCCAGUGCCACAGCAUCAGGAAACCAUAAACGCAGGCAGAGGAACUCAAGACAGAAACAUCAUAACAGCAUGGACUGCUUCACUGGUUUCUAUGAACCAGAGGAGUUGAAGAGGCACACUUGUAGGCCCCACCCCUGUUCAGAUUGCAGAGGCAGUUUUAUUUGUCCAGUUCACUUCAAAUCACACCAACAAACUCUCAAAAUAAAGAAAAUGUACCCGUGCACUCAUUGUGAGAAGAGUUUUCAGACCCCAAGCAGCUUGAAGACUCACCAGCUUAAUCACACGGGAAAGAUGUCGUACCACUGCUUUCAGUGUGGGAAGAGGUUCUGUCGUGUAGACACCUUAAAGGCUCACAAGAGAAUACACACAGGAGAGAAGCCUUUUCACUGUUCUCAGUGUGGGAAGAGCUUCAGUGAUAUAGGAAAUCGAAAUAAACACCAGAGAAUACACACAGGAGAGAAGACUUACCACUGCUCUGAGUGUGGGAAAAGUUUCAAUCAGUUAUCACAUUUAAAACCACACCAGCUAACUCACACAAGUGAGAAGCCUUUUCACUGCUCUCAGUGUGGGAAGGGUUUCAGUCUGUCAUCAUAUCUGAAGAAGCACCAGGUAAUGCACACAGAAGAGAAACCAUACAGCUGUGAUCAUUGUGGGAAGAGUUUUAAAUUGGAAGGAAUCCUUAAGCGUCAUCAGAGAAUACACAGUGGAGAGAAGACUUACCACUGCUCAGAGUGUGGGAAGUGUUUCAGUGUGUCAUCAUAUCUGAAGAGACACCAGCUAACUCACACAGGAUUAAAGUCACACCACACAGGAAUAAAGUCACAACACUGUUCCCACUGUGGGAAGAGCUUCAGUAAGAAAGCUGACCUAAAGAAACAUCAGAGAACACACACAGGGGAGAAGCCUUUCCACUGCUCCCAAUGUGGGAAGAGCUUUAAUGAGAAAGGAAAUCUAAAGCAACACCAGAGAAAACACUCUGGAGAGAAGCCUUGCCACUGCUCCCAAUGUGGAAAAAGCUUCAGUUGGGUAAUAGACCUAAAGAAACAUCAGAAAGUACACAAAGAGGAGAAGCCUUUCCACUGCUCCCAAUGUGGGAAGAGCUUCAAUGAGAAAGGAAAUCUAAAGCAACACCAGAGAAGACACUCAGGAGAGAAACCGUACAGCUGUGAUCAGUGUGGGAAUUGUUUUAAAUGGAAACAAAGCCUGAAGGAACAUCAGAAGGCAAAGCACAGUGCAGUGCCAGACCAUGGCCUUAUAAUUAUGUUGCCAAGCUGGGCAUCUACAUCUGAGACAGCAGUCGAGGUGGAGGAGGAAAGAGCAGUCAAAGAGGAGGUGGAGGAGAGAGCAGUCAAAGAGGAGGUGGAGGAGGAGAGAGCUGUCAAUGAAGAAGAGGAGAACAGGGAAGUGUCUGCUCCAGACCUAGAGGACGAAGAGGAGGAAGUAGAUAGUAUCACUAACCCAGGAGAGAUCUCCAACCCAGGUUCAGACAGUGAGCCCAGUUCCACAGCAUCAGGAAACCAUAAACAACACAGACGGAAGAACUCAAGACAGAAACAUCACCACUGCAUGGACUGCUUCACUAGUUUCUAUGAUCCAGAGGAGUUGAGAAGGCACACUUGUAGGCCAAGACCCUGCACAGACUGCAGAGACUGUUUUACUUGUCCAACUCACCCCAAAUCUCCCCAUCAGAUUCACAAAAGAAAGAAGCAUCACCCGUAUGGUCAAUGUGCGGAGAGAUUUCAGACCCCGAGCACUUUGAAGAGGCACCAGCUCAUUCACACAGGAAAGAAGUCGUACCACUGUCGUGUAGACACCGUAAAGGCUCACCAGAGAAUACACACAGGGGAGAAGCCUUUCCACUGCUCCUUGUGUGGGAAGACUUUUUGUUGGUCAAUACAUUUGAAGAGACACCAGAAAAUACAUACAGAAGAUAAGCCUUUCCACUGCUCCCAAUGUGGGAAGAGUUUUAAUCAGUUAUCAAAUUUAACGAAACACCAACAAACUCACACAAGAGAGAAACCUUUUCACUGCUCCCAGUGUGGGAAGAGUUUCAGUCUGUCAUCAUAUCUGAAGAAGCACCAAAUAACUCACACAGAAGAGAAACCGUUCAGCUGUGAUCAUUGUGGGAAGAGUUUUAAAUUGGAAGGAAGCCUUAAGAGUCAUCAGAGAAUGCAUAGUGGAGAGAAGCCCCACCAUUGCUCCCAAUGUGGUAAGAGCUUCGGUCAGGCAGGAGACUUAAAGAGACAUCAGAGAAUACAUAGUGGAGAGAAGCCAUACCACUGCGCUCAAUGUGGAAAAAGCUUCAGUCGGUUAAAUGUCCUAAAGCAACAUCAGAGAGGACACACAGGGGAGAAUCCUUUCCACUGCUCCCAAUGUGGGAAGAGCUUCAGCGAGAAAGGAAAUCUAAAGCAACACCAGAGAAUACACACGGGAGAGAAGCCAUACAGCUGUGAUCAGUGCGGGACUUGUUUUAAAUGGAAAGAAAUGCUGAAAGAACAUCAAGAAGCAAUUCACAGUGCAGUGCCCAACACUGACCUUAUAAUGGAGCUGCCAAGCUGGGCAUCUACAUAUCUGACUAAUAUUGACUGACUGUUUUUGUAAUUAUUCUGUUAAACCUUUUUUUUUACAUGUACAGUGGGGAGAACAAGUAUUUGAUAACCUGCAAAAUCGACAGUGUUUCUUACUUACAAAGCAUGUAGAGGUCUGUAAUU